AUGUUCUCCAGCACCCAGAUGGACGCCGCCGGCGGAUUCUCCGCCACUCAAAACAACGAUGGCUCCCUCUCUUCCGCUAAGAGUCGAGAUGCGCAGCCCAUGCUACCGGUGACGGUGAAGCAAAUCAGCGAUGCUGUUCCUAGCGAUGACAAAGCGACCUUUGUCAUAGACGGUGUUGAUGUGAAACAUGUGAUGCUGGUAGGAAUGGCAUUUGAAAAAUCUCAGAGGGUCACCGAUGUCUCCUUUGUGAUUGAUGAUGGUACCGGUCGUAUUAAUUGUCACAGAUGGGUUAAUGAUACCGUGGAUACCAGUGAAGUCGACCUAUUGUCUGACGGGUCAUACGUUCGUGUACAUGGACUUUUGAAAGCCUUUCAAGGAAACAAGCAAAUAGAAGUCUUUGCCAUCAGGCCUGUGACAAAUCAUGAUGAGGUUUCAUGUCAUUUUCUUUCUUGCAUACAUUACCAUACUUACAUCUCCAAGAAGAAUGGUGUCACUAUUUCCUCACAGCCACAUAGUUCCACUCCAGCAGUUAGCACAACUAUGACUGGAGUUCAAAAUUCAUUUUCAGAUCAUUUCUCUGGACAACAAAGCACGAAUGGACACAAAGGCAUUGAUCAAAUGGUGCUGGAGUAUCUGGAACGACCCAUGUCUCAGGCUCAGGAGAAAGGAGUACACAAGAAUGAAAUCGCCAGCAAUCUCAAACUGUCAAUGGAUAAGAUCUCGGAGGUUAUCGAGACCUUAGAAUCGGAAGGACUAAUCUACUCAACCAUUGAUGAGAAUCAUUACAAGUCCACUUCCUGCGGUUAA